AUGCCCGGCUAUGAUAUCAAUCGAUUUGUCGACCUAUCGGAGGACAUGAAAUCCGAACUCAUAUGCAGUAUAUGUUACCAGAUAUUCCGUAAACCUGUUGUCACUGACUGUUGUUUGCAAACAUUUUGCGAAGACUGUAUACACCAGUGGCUUAAAACCCAUACUACCUGUCCGUAUGAUAGAAAACUGCUAAACAGUAAUCAAUUAAGACCAUCACAAAGUUAUCAAAUGCCCGGCUAUGAUAUCCAUCGGUUUGUCGACCUAUCGGAGGACAUGAAAUCGGAACUCAUAUGCAGUAUAUGUCACCAGAUUUUCCGUAAACCUGUUGUCACUGACUGUUGUUUGCAAACAUUUUGCGAAGACUGUAUACACCAGUGGCUUAAAACCCAUACUACCUGUCCGUAUGAUAGAAAACUGCUAACUAGUGGACAGUUAAGACCAUCGCAAAGAGUUUUAACCAAUUUAUUAGAUAAAUURAAAAUCAAAUGUCUUAACGAAGAUAAGGGAUGCAAACAAAUCAGUCAAUUGAUUGAAUCGGACAAACAUCUGGAUAACUGUCCGUUGAAUAUAAAACAAUGCAUCGAUGUCUUAGURUGUGUUAUGUUAGACACGAUUGUCUGGAGGAASUACUCAAACGAAAUGCUGAAUUAAAGUCAGAUAA